AUGAAACAAAUAACAUUUAUAAUCUUUUUGAUUUUAUUGACUAUUAAAGUUAGUGAAUCAGUGACUUGUGUCAAUCCAGAAGGAAAAGCAGUCAAAUGGUGGAUUCAUUUGGCAGAUGCCGAUUCAGCUUCACAAGACAAUAUGUAUGCAAGAGGACUUUACUAUGAUAAUCUUCUAGAUUUGAUGAAAAAACAUGUUGAUCAAGCAAAUGGUCCGACCAUAACAGACCAACAAUUUAAGGAUAAAAAAUAUUUAGGAUUGGAAUGGUAUCAUGACCAAGGUAAUGAAUAUAGAGUAAUUGAUAAGAGUGUUUUCUAUCAUGGUCAUGUCAAGUCAUUGUACGUUUAUGAUUUGAGAGAUGAUGAUGCAACAAAGAAUACCGGGUUUUUCGUUUCACAUUCAAUGAGAAUGCCAGAUUUAAAGAGUAGUACAGAUGGUUUGUACGAGAAAGCAAGUGGUGUUCAACCAUCACAACAUAAUACCAAAGCUGUUUUUGUUCGUUCAAAGGAUAAUCGCAGAUACUUUCAACCAGAACUCACUCUGAAAGCUCCUUUGGAUCAAUGUGAUAAACAAUGGGGACAAUAUGUUCACAGCGAUCGAUUUAGAGAUUGGAACAAUGCUGAUGGAGAUCUCAUUCUCAAAAAACUGUUUACCAAUACGGAUUCAUACACAAUUACCAAAAAAUAUUGUAUGGAGAAUGGAGGACCAUUUACACUUGGUUCUUUCGAAACAUUUUCAUUUUAUGCUCGAUUGAAGACACCUUGCAAUUCACAUGAUAAAACAACAGCCUUUUUUAAAGCUUCAAUUCAAGACAAUGACAUGAAGAAUGAAAAAGUAUUCAGUAAAUGUUUUGCGUUGAACUAUGGCAAGGAAAUCACUGAUUAUACUAAGUUUGAGAAUAACCAUUUCAAAAAAUAUGGUUGGUUUGAAGAUGAAAAUCCAAUCAAAGUAGAAAUGUUGUCCAACACUCAUUGUUUUAGAAAAGAUAUUCCAAAAGAUGAUUCGAUUUGUUAUGAAGGAAAGAGAGUUUGUAGUUUCACAGACUUUGGAAUGGACCCAUAUUUAUUGGUUGCACAACACUAUGAGUCAAACUUUUUUGUUAGUACCGAUCAAGAAGGAUUCCCAUCAUUGAUUGGAACAACAUUUAGUAUUCGAAACAUUGUUACUUGGAGUCCAUUAUGGAGUGGAGAAAAAGGAAAAGAUGGAUCACUUGGAGAAUCUAGAAGCAGACAUGAAAAGUUGAUGGUUUCCAAAUCAAAGAAUAUCAUUUGUCUUGGUGAUUCAAAUCGAAAUGAUUAUUCAGUUCAUCAUGCUGGAACAAUUUUUUGUAUUAAGAGUGAAAUUUUAGCAAAGAAAGUUCAUCAAUCGAUUGGAUCAUUCAAUCUUUACAGACAAUUCAACUUUGGUAAUAUCAAGAGAAAAGGAUUAAAUUAUUCUCCAUUUGAAAGUACCAAGCCAGUUUGUUAUCUUUAUGCUCAGAGUUUAUAUCAUCCAAUCGCUGAAGUUUCAGUGGAUAUGAAAUUCUUUGAAAGAAUAGGAUCAACCCCUCUCACCAAUUCAUUGAUCACUCCAGGAGAACCAAGUAUAGAUCAAAUUGAAUCUGAGAAAAUAAAACAGGCACUUGAAGGUUUGAAACAUGGCCAACUACACACCAGACAACACACAAAACAUAUAAAAGUUGACGAAGAAUAUGCAAAAAAACGAGCAUUUGAAGAUCCUAUUAGUCAACAGCUAAAGAAAAAGAGAAAGUAA